GCCGCAUCUAAAGACGUUAGCUAAAGAGAGAAUCCAGACCUCCCACAAGGGAACUGAAGACAAAGGAAGAACUUCACACUUUUUUACUUAGGUAGGAGAAUGCACCACUAUCCACUCCCAUCUCUCUGGGUAGAAGACCUCAGACUCGGGAAAUCCCUUUCCCUCUAGGGACACUGAAAACAAAAGUUCCUGUCCUCACUUCAGACUCAACUCAGGCAAUCCCUAUCCCUGUGGCUGCACCGAAGACAAAGCCAAUCCUAAUCCCCUCGGAUAGACCGAAGAAUCACCUAAUCUCUGCGGAUACACUUCAAAGAGAAAAGAAACCCUUCUUGCUGCCUAUUCUCGGCAUCUAGUGUUCUGGCUUUAAACAGUUAGAGCCCCCUUUCAGUCAGUUCCGAUUCGGUUAGCUACUUAGGAUGAAUCACACGGAGGCUGAAAAGGUGAAGAUACCCACGGAGCGGUAAAUUGGCACUCCUGGUCAGCUUUCUGUCGUUCGGGUUUUCUUCCUUUCCACGAGCCAAUUAUGCGUAGCGCUCAGGGAAGGGCAAGUUGCUUUGUCUUACUUGCUAGCACCAGGGAAAGGCCGAAAGGAUACCAGGAAAGGCCUCCAACAGGCUCCCUACCAUCGGUCUUCUCGCUUAAUCAGUACAAGAUUUGCGUUCUCCCUUCUUCCGUGGGUGGGUAUAGCGCUUUCCUUCCUCUAGUUCGAGAGUUGCAGAAGCAAGAAAGAAGCUUCCAUUAGCAUUAGUAGUUGGCACUCAUCCCGCUCUCCCGACAAAGAAAGAGUUUAAGAUUGACCGUAGGAGAGAUUUAAUUCAUUUCUUUUCUCCUGUCUUGCUUUCCGGAGCGGGGAGUCCCUAUAAAUAAGAAGAGUUAGGAGGAAGCCACUUUGAAGCGGGUUGCGAGGCUCCCGAUCCUACUACUUUACUAUGAAUAUUAACUAAGAACCUCAUUCUAAAGCUAACGACUUAGCGAAUCAGUCCCCGAGCCAGUGAAGAUCGGACUCCUUUGUAUGGAAAAGGGGAGGAAAUUCAAAAGUAAAGGAGACAGAGGGUGCUCUCUUUUAUUAGUUUUUAUAAGGCCUGAGAGUGGAAGGCUCCCCGCCUUCGGUAAUCAAAGAGCUUCUAGUACGAAAUUAUGCAUUCUUUAUUUUAUCCGCUUUCCAACUUCCGUUAGAAACUAAUCUCGCUAAGUUCUUACAUAAGACGUUCCUCCCUCCCGGAAUAGGGUUUAGGCUAGAGCUUGGUGCGCUAAUAGGGGCCCCGGUUUUAGCAUUCCAUGCCAUCAACAGUUCAAGGUAACUAGUUAGUGCGGCGUAACGAGUCUUAUUUGUGC